AUGACUAUCUUUACAAAAACAAACGGCCAGCCGAAAAAUGAGGGAGUGAAACCGAUACCAAGGAGAACUGUAGAAAGAAAGGGUGCUAAUAUGAGAAAAAAAUUUCUUCUUUUGGUCAGAAUCUUUAUCCUUUUCUUAUUGCUUUUCAUAUUCUAUUUUACUUUUCCUUUGAUUGGAAUUGAUUUUCAUCUCUUCCUUUCCAAGUGUCUUCUCGCCAAAUCUCUCCACUUACUAUUUAGUAGACUCGGGUGUUUAUCCAGCUCUACCGCUAGGGCCAAGGCUUUCCCGAGAGAAGCUACACCGAGAGCAGCAAUAACAAAAAGACCCAAGGGAAGAGAGUUAACUCUUAUAACUAAGUAA